UAAAUAUUAUAAUCUAAGAUAGAAAAGUCACGAGGUCACGAUUUUGUGGGGCCAGCUCAAUAAAUAAUCCAAAAUUGUGAUCUUUGUUUGCCAAGUGGCCCAAAGACAUUCUGAUUUGGCGCGCCGUCUAAACAUCCGGCGCACAUGGCUCAUGUUAAUCUCCAUCGUUUUCCCACUAAUUAAUUUGCAUUACUAUAGAUAACGAAAUAAACGAAGCAAUUAAGUAGUAAUAUAUUUUCCCAAUUAAAAGGGGCUCUAGAAUAUUGAUCUGUGUAGAUUUCAUACGAACCCUAGAAAUCCAAAUCGCCCAAAUCAACACCUCAGUUUUAGGUACAUUUAACUUGAUUUGCUUUACAGAUUAUUCCAUUGCGGCAAUUGUGUAAUUACUCGACUUCGAGCUAAAUCCCCGGUGUUUUUAUUUUUUUUAAUUUCUUAAUUGGUGGCAAUGGGAACAAGUAGUUAGUUUCGAUUGGGAUUCUAGUGUUUCGUCUAUCGUGGAAUUCUGGUUCGAUUCGAACACUGAGAAGUGUUUUUAGGUUAUAAUUUGAGAGAUUCGGGAGUUUUUUUUUUUUUUUUUUUUUUUUAAAUUUUAAUCUGGGAUUCCUCAUAGAACUGUAGUUGGGUUCUUACAGCUCACGAGUUCGCUGCUUAUAUAUUUUCUUCUAUAUACCCUGGGCGAUACUUAUCUCAAGUUGCUCGUGGUGGUUGUCUCAAGUUUUUAUUUGAAAUCAGCACUUUUUUUCCAUAUAAUUUGGCAUCUAUUAGGUCGGAUUUAGUUGGUUAAGACUCAAAUUAAGGGAUUUGUUAUACAAUUUGAGGUAAAAAAAUUGGAGGUGAGAUUUGCCCUUUUUGGGUUGAAAUAUCUAAUUAAUUGGAAGACUGUGAAUGAGGGGAAGGAGUUGGAGAUGAAAGGUGAAUUUUUGGGAUUGAGAGGACAACAAUGACUACAGGGUCAUUGGGUCUUCGAUCUUCGGGAAGUUAUGGAUCAUUGCAGCCAAUUCAAAACGGUUCGAUUUGUUUGCCGAUACAGACUACACCGCCUUUCUCAAGAAAGCCUCCAAAGAUGCUCAAGGAAAAGGAUAAAUUGUUCCACCGGAUCUUCAAAUUCGCCCCUCGAAAGAAAGUCGGAAUGCUGCUCUUGUGUCUUGCUUCGCUUGCAGUUUUCGUAUGGGUGUUAGCAGUUGGCAAAGGACAAGAUGCUCGCGAAAGCAUUCUUUCAAAUAUAAGAACUGUACCUGGGCCAUUAUCUGAGGAGAAAGUUAGCGUAAGUGAAACGUCCUCCUCUCGAAUUACGGCAAUUGAAAGAAGUGUAAAUGUUACUCUGCCACCUCCACCGCCACCCGUUUAUUUUACUGGAUACAAACUUCCACCUGGAAAUCCAUGUGAGCAUUUCACAUUGCCUCCUCCACCAGCAGAUAAGAAGAGAACGGGACCACGUCCUUGCCCUGUGUGCUACCUGCCUUUGGAAGACGCUGUUACUCUAAUGCCAAAUGCACCAUCUUUUUCUCCCGUCCUUAAAGAUUUGACAUAUAUUCAUGAUGAAAAUUUAACUAAAUCUGAAUUUGGUGGUUCGGAAUUUGGUGGAUAUCCUUCCCUGGGACAGAGGAGUGAUUCUUAUGAUAUACGAGAGUCAAUGAGUGUGCACUGUGGAUUUGUCAAAGGAGUUAAACCGGGCCAUGGGACGGGUUUCGACAUUGACGAAUCUGACCUUCUUGAGAUGGAAUCUUGUCAAGGAGUGGUGGUUGCAUCAGCGGUAUUCGGGGCGUUUGAUUUAAUACGGCAGCCGAAGAAUAUCAGUGAAUAUUCCAAACGAAACGUCUGCUUUCAUAUGUUUGUUGAUGAAGAAACAGAAGGGUUUCUGAGGAACUCUAGUCUGGUUGGCAGUGACAAUAAAGUGGGGUUGUGGAGAAUUAUAGUUGUUCGUAAUCUACCUUAUUCUGAUCCAAGACGCAAUGGAAAGGUUCCGAAACUACUACUGCAUCGGCUUUUUCCAAAAACCCGUUACUCGCUGUGGGUAGAUGCAAAACUUGAGCUAGUUGUUGAUCCAAUUCAAAUUCUCGAAAGAUUUUUGUGGAGGAAGAACGCAAGUUUUGCAAUAUCAAGGCACUACAAGCGUUUCGAUGUGUUUGUAGAAGCGGAAGCUAAUAAAGCUGCUGCCAAAUACGAUAAUGCUUCCAUUGAUUUCCAGAUAGAUUUUUAUAAAAACGAGGGUUUAACACCGUAUUCUGUGGAGAAGUUGCCCAUUACUAGUGAUGUUCCGGAAGGAUGUGUGAUAGUUAAGGAGCAUAUUCCGAUCGCGAAUCUCUUCACGUGUUUGUGGUUUAAUGAAGUGGACCGUUUUACUUCACGAGACCAGAUAAGUUUUUCCACCGUAAGAGACAAGAUCCAUUCCAAGACUAAUUACACUAUCAAUAUGUUCUUGGACUGUGAAAGGCGCAACUUUGUUGUCCAGGGCUACCACCGAGACUUGCUCGAGCACUGGUCUCCUCCACCACCACCCAUUGGCGGUGUUGCUCAAGUUCAUCCUCCACCACCCAUAAUCAUAACCAAUGAUAAUCCAAACGAACCCUCGGAAACGAUUCUAUUAAACAAUAAUUCGAUGAAUAAAGCUCCCAUAAAGCGUGGGAAAGACAGAAAAUCGAGGCGUCACAGGAAAAACAUUGCUGCCAAUUAAUACACAUUUUUGUCUAGGUUAAGACAACAUUCUUGAUUCUAGUAUUGUGCAGGAUGAGAGUAGUAGGUAAUUAAUUAUAUCUUCAUAUAUAUAGCAUUUUUUGUUUUCCUUCCUCUUUUUUUUUUUUUCUUUUUUUGAACUAUUCAAUUUUACAGAGGUUACAUUUAUCUAUUUUUUGAUGUACAUAUAUAAUCAUUUCGAAUAAUUAUCAUCAGGGUUUAAUCUAUAUUACAAGUUUAUCUGUAUGGACUAAUGUGGAUAGAGACAAUGAUACAUCAUUCCUUAUCUUCAUUAAUUUCAAACAAUGAAGUCAACGCUGAUUGACUCGAAUCUUGAUUA